AUGAAAAUUGUCAAGCUACCAUGGUUGGUACACCAAGAAACACAUCGCAGAUUUGAAAUAUAUUCUAUUGAUAUUAGCCCUGAUGGCAAAAGAAUUGCUACUGGUGGUUUAGAUGGUAAAAUAAGAAUAUGGUCAGUGGAUAAUAUAAAAAUUGCUGCUGAUCUAUUUCAAAAAACAAGUCAUGUGGUUAAUGAAGAAUUAAAAAGGCCUCUAGCAAGCAUGAGCCGGCACACUGGCUCUGUAACUUGUUUAAAGUUUUCUCCAGAUGGGAAAUACUUAGCCAGUGGUUCUGACGACAGAAUAUUGCUGAUAUGGACGUUAGAGGAAGAGCACAUAACUCUACCAACCUUUGGAUCAGAACCCGAAACUGAAAGAUGGACUGUUAGAAGGAGAUUAGUUGCCCAUGAUAAUGACAUACAAGAUAUGUGCUGGGCACCUGAUUCUAGCAUUCUUGUCACGGUAGGUCUAGAUAGAUCAGUCAUAAUAUGGAACGGAUCAACCUUCGAAAGAAUUAAGAGAUUUGAUGUGCAUAAUUCAUUGGUAAAGGGGGUUAUAUUUGAUCCAGCAAAUAAAUAUUUUGCAACUACUUCAGAUGACAGAACUAUGAAAAUAUUUAGAUAUCAUAGAGCAGGUGAGAUGUCUUUCACUAUUGAAUCUAUUGUAACAGAACCUUUCCUAGAGUCUCCUUUAACAACCUACUUUAGAAGAUUGUCGUGGUCACCUGACGGGCAACAUAUAGCGGUUCCUAACGCUACAAAUGGGCCCGUUAGUUCGGUUGUCAUUGUGAAUAGAGGUAAUUGGGAUACUAGUGUCUCGUUAAUUGGCCAUGAUGCCCCAACUGAGGUAGCACGGUUUAAUCCAAGAUUGUUUGAAGUUGAAAAAAGUUGUAAUAAAGGCUCUAGUAAUUCACAAAAGGAUAAUGAAAAAUCAAAAUUUACAAAAAAUGAUAAAGUAGACUCUAUUAUUGCAACUGCUGGUCAAGAUAAAACUCUGGCAGUUUGGUCAACCAGUAGAGCAAGGCCUAUAUUUGUUGCAUACGACAUUGCAACCAAAUCAAUAACUGAUAUGUGUUGGAAUCCAGACGGCGAUAUUUUAUUUGUGACAUCAUUAGAUGGCACAAUAACUGUACUUCUUCUUCAAAAAAAUGAACUUGGAAUACCGAUUUCUAUUGAGAAGAAUAUAGAGCAUUUGCAUAGAUAUGGUGUCGAUAAAGAUUCUUUAGAGUUCCCAGAAAGUGUGAAACAAUUAUUAUUAGAGGGGGAAGCAGAAAAAGAAAUUAGCUUAAAAUCUGCAAAAUCAAAAAAUCUACUUGAACAGCAACUGGUUUCAAACAAGCAAACGCAAGAUUUAUUAUCACAACGAGUGGGAAUGACUCAUGAAAACAAGAAUUUAGGCACUCUCACUGAUAAGAAAGCAUCUGAACUGCCUACUAAAACAACUGAAAAAAUCAAUAUUCUAGUUCCAAAAAGAAAAAAAGAUGGUAAAUCACAAACAACAACUAUUAAAAACGGUAAAAAAAGGGUUGCUCCUAUGCUCAUUUCUUCUGAACAUUCUCCUAAUAAGAAGGUAGCAACCCAAAAACUUUCUACUUCGGUAGAUAAUAUUGCAAAACGUAAUAAAUCAAAUUUAAACAAACUUUCACCACUAUCACUUCUAGCAAAUAAGGGUAAAAUUGGAUCCUCAUCGAUUAAUAUUCCUAGGCUUGGGAUUCAUACCUUAAUAAUGGGUACUAGAGAACGAGAAUUAUCAAAAUCUACAGACCAUACCGACGGUGCAAUUGAUGAAGAUUCUCAAAAUAAAGAUACAGAAAAGGUUCCUAACCAAGAUAAUCUAGCAAAUAUUACAGAACCAACAGAACUUGGCAACAGUCCCAGCUUAACAUUAAAUUCGAAAUUUACCUACGAAAAAGUAUGGAGUGAGGAACCAAAUUCUCGGUAUGUGGAAUACCCUAAUGUUAUUUUGGAUACAGAUGCAGUCUUAAUUCAAUGUGGGGACCUAGAAGAAAUGUACGUUCUAGAAAUAAGAAAUGGAGUAGAAAGAUCGAUCCAAUUUGAUAGGGAAGCUAUCCAAGAUAAUCCUACUAAGUUGCUUGGCUAUCAUAGUGGGAAGAGAGUCCUUGAAGUAUAUCUACCUGAGGUUAUUAUUUGUGCAAUAGGUUCAGUAAUAAAUAACUGCUGGUGUAUUGGCACAGCCAAUGGCUCUCUUUUUUUCUUCUCUUUAAAUGGCCGACACAAAAUGCCUAUGAUAAGCUUGGGUCAUAAAAUAGUUAAAAUGAGAAUUGAUAAGCAAUAUCUAAUAUGCCUCGGAGAACGUGGAUUAAUAUUUGUUUGGGAUUUGACUACAUUUAAGGCUGUACACAAAAAUAUCCCAGUCAUGCCUGUAUUAUUCAAGGAACCUGUUGAGGGUAAUAAAGUAAGAGUAAAUAAGAAGAUACGAAACAUAUCUGUCAGUCCAUCAGAAAAUGUUAUUCUAAAUCUCACAAAUGCUAACACAUAUACAUGGUCGAAAGAUUUAGGUUGUUGGACGGAUGAUAGUACCUCAACAACUUAG